AAAAUCUCAGCUAUCCUUCUCACAGAACUAAAAAAUCUCUGCUGCUUCUCUCGUCUCUCUCAACCUCUCUAUCCUCGUUCUUAUCUAUCUUCUUCGAUCCUCUUUAAUGGCGUCCACCAGCACUUUAACUGCUCAGAUUUCGAACUUGCACAGUAUCAAUGACUGCAAAAGCCUCACUAGCUUUUCCUCUAUCUUUUUCUGUAAUAAACUAAGCCCAAACACUGUUCCAAUUGGUAUACCAGCUUUAUCCUGGCCUGGAAGUAAAAGAUCACGUAAUCCAAAAUCUUUUCGGGUUUACAGUUUAUUUGGAGGAAAGAAGGAUAAUAAUGAUGAUGGCCAAUCAAAGGCAGGAAUUCUAGGAAAUAUGCAAAAUCUAUAUGAAACUGUUAAGAAGGCACAGAUGGUUGUCCAAGUUGAAGCAGUGCGUGUACAGAAAGAACUUGCUGCUGCAGAGUUUGAUGGUUACUGUGAAGGUGAACUAAUUAAGGUUACACUUUCUGGAAACCAGCAACCUUUACGCACUGAGAUAACUGAGGCUGCAAUGGAGCUAGGACCUGAAAAGCUUUCGCUCUUAGUUACGGAGGCAUACAAGGAUGCGCACCAGAAGAGUGUUCUGGCUAUGAAGGACAGGAUGAGUAAUCUUGCACAGAGUUUAGGAAUGCCUCAAGGCCUCAGUGAGGGAUUGAAGUGAAGAUCGUAUUCCAUGAUGCUGGUGAGAGCAAGCUUCAAUUUUGUAUACUAGUCCUGUUGAGAUGGUCAUUUACAAUGUAUCCAUGCCAUCAGAAUCUCGUCAAAAUUUUACUCAUGGUUAUUGGAAUGGUAGUAGAAUGAGAGCCUGUAAUCUUGCCCUUGUUACUUUAAUAACCAAGGCUAUCUAUUCCUUGAGCAACCUGUUGCUAAUAUCUGGAUUACAUGAUA